AUGAUCGUCGAUCCCAAUAAAACCCCCACCUCUCCACCGCCGCCAUACACCCUGGAGGAUACCGCUGAGCCCCCUGCGGCCUCUUCGCACUCUCAUGCUCACGCUGCAUUUGGGCCCACACCGCUUGCGCAGCAGCCGGAGACGCUGCUCCCGUACUAUGACCCGCGCAGUCCGUAUUCGGUGGAGCAGGCGGGAGUGAGGGCUAGGAAGAGGUUUAUUGGCGCGCUGUUCUGGGCUAUCGUAUUGGUCCUUGUUGCUGGGAUGAUUACUGGCACGGGGGUCAGCGCGCGUCGUCGCUGAAGUGGACCCUCAUUAUACGUCUGGAGGGCAAGUCUGUGGCCUUUGGAUGCCUCUAUGCCACCACGAUCUACCUACCUGGACUAAUAUCGACGACCGGAUUGCAUGCCCGGGGCUCUCCGUCGGAGGGUGAUAUGUUGCGUGUUGAUCCAUGAUGUAGAUGGAAGUUAGGCGGUUCUUUGACGUGAGACCUCAGACUCUUGGUCUCUGGACUUGUACAGAAGCGCUACAUUAUUUGACUUGGAGGGAAUACUUGUGACUUUUUUGUGCAAGUAAUCCCCUUCUGUUGCGUAUGGGUACGUGUUGGAAGGUUCUGUAGAAGAAGUCUAUGUUAUAUUUGUGCUGUAAAUGAAGAUAUAUAACGAGCGUCCCGCUGUAAGACCCC